GUCAUUCUAACUCUCUUAUCUCCAUCUAUUCAAUAGCAACGAUGGAGACCAAAGAGGAGAGAAGCUUCAUUGAUAAGGUAAUAAUCAAGUGGUAUCAAGAUCCAGAAGUCCUCCAGAUGUUGAAGAAGAGGGUUUCAACAGCGACAGCGAUGAUGGAGAUCGAUAGCAUGAAGGACGUCACUGCUGGUCAGAAGAAAGUCAAGUGGUUCGAGAAUCCAGAGAUCCUCCAAAUACUGAAGACGAUGUUUGAUCCUUGGCUGAACGAAGAUGGCAUGCCUGACGCCACCUCUCUCUUCAGCCGUUGCCCUAGAGGCUUUGGUAACAUUUUUCUCUUCUUGUUAAUACAUACAACACCAACAACCGAGAGUCUUAUCACAAUAAGAGCCGUUCCGUUUUGCGCCAUGUCUUCCGGUAGCUUCUUGUUAAGUGAAGUCCACACACUUCCCCUCUUUCUCCUCUCAGCCAUGGUUUCCUCUGCCUUGCUCCACUCCUCGUACGGCUCCGGCGUCUGGUCCAAGAAGGAGUGGGUCAUCCCUGAGAUUGACAUCGACGACACCAUUUUGACGUUCGAGGGGAACUCCACCUUCUUCUGGGCGGACCGCGAGCGGCAAGCUCGCGAGGCGGUGGAGAAUUCAAAGUCGGAUUUGCAGAUUGGUGAGUCUGCAGGUCCACAAUGUAAAGCUGCACUUCAAGAAACUACUCGUAUCAUUGAACAAUGUCUUACAACUAAUGGAAAAGCAAUAAGGCGUUGUUUGGUGCAAACCAGGUUGGAAUUUCACACUUUGCACCCACCAUUUGUAAAUCAUGAGUCCAGUUCCCACCGGUGGGAUUUUUUUUUUUUUUCACUUGUCACUUGCAUAUUGACCAAGUUUGUGUGCAGCUUGAUAUUGAUGGUGACUUAAUGUAUUUUCUAGCGGAUGCUGCUGUUAUAGCAGUAAAAGUUACUUCUUUCUUAGUUUUGUCACUCCGUUUUCAGUUUAUCAAAUUAUUGAUGUUUAUUUGCUUGACACUUUGCAGUUUCGGUAUGGAAAUCCCGAUAGAGUGAGUUGCAAAGGGGCGAGAGAGUGAGUUGCAGAGGCGAGGGAUAGAGAUGAAAGAGAGGGAGAGUUAGUGAGAGAGAUGGAGAGUUUUGUCCGAGAGACAGACAAAUUUUUGGACAGUGGAAACGGUCCGGGUCGGGGACCCGUUUCCUCAGCAAUUAGGACUCGCCCCGCCUCACAACUAACGUGGACUCACCCCAUCCCGUUCCAUUUCAAAUUUAAAAAAAUUGGACCCCCUACCCACGGGGCCAUGCCUCGUUUGCCCACCCCAAGUUGUGAUUGUUGUUGGAUAUCAUAUAUUAUUAUUACAAUGUCCAGGGUUUGGGAUUUGUUAUAACUUUAGGGGAGGUUUUGUUGAAAUUUUGGUAUAAUUUGUAGUGUUUUUUUUUACUGUUUUUUAUUUUUUUCAGCAAAGAAAAAUACCCAGGGACCUUGUCUCCAGUUGAAGAUGGCGAAGGUCAUCCAAGUGACCAACGAACGUAUCACAAUCGGAUACGAUGACUGGCAUUGGGCUGCACCAACGCUGGAGCAACAUAGCGCAUUGGUCACGUCAUUUGGACUUGUUGCCCUAUGCGAUAGAAGUCUUGGAAGACGAUGCUAGACGAGGUAAGGACAAAGGUGUACGCUUAUUUGUCGGUAAGUAUCCUGCCUUUUUAUUGUUUUUUCUUUAAAUUUUAUAUAUUUAUAUUACUUAAUGUAUGUAAUUAAUUUGUUACAUUGCAAACGAAUUACAAUUUCGACGACGUCAACAUGCUCUUCGCUAAACAGUACAAGCAAUGGAAGAGAGACAUGCACCAAUAUUUUCAAACAUUUGAUGAUCCGCAGGUUGCUCUUGAGGAGGGUUGCUCGAAGGAGUUUGAGGAUCGGGAAAAAAUUGGGUGUGGCUCUGCAAUCAUUUUCAGGUGCCCCGCUAUGUGAAGAAGGCGAAAGCCAACAAGAUCAAUCGGGAGAAGAAGACUCUUCUCCACCAUUCGGGUUCGAUUCCCUUUUAAUAUAGGAUGGAGGCGCGGCGGUAGGGGGGGUUCAAAUUUCUAGGAGAUUGAUGUCUUUGUAGACGUUUAUGUUCGACCCAGGGAUGAGUUGGCCAAGUCUCUUCAUGUAAGUAUUCUUCAAUUGUAAUUACUAUCUUGUGCAUUCAAGUAUCAUGGUUAUUAUUUGAAUGUUAUUAUUAAUAUUUCAUGUUACAUUACACAUGUGAUGAUGAUGGAGAAGAGGUAGUAGGUUCUUCAAGAGUCCGCCUCCCAGCUUCCUCCCGAGACUUUGCUUGAGUUUGUGGAUCCCCCUGAGGAUGCAAGGUUUCAAAUCCUUACAGACACCUUGGAUCAGACUCUCGGGCGAAGGCCGAUGACGUAUUGUAGGGGGAUGGGGAAUGCUCGGCGGCGGGAACUUUGAGCGUCUUCAUCCUCCCAGUCGAAGGGUGAGGUGACAGCUUUGACAGCAAAGGUGGCCGACCUUAGGACUGAGCUCACCUCGUAUAAAAGCCAGAUGUCAGUAAUUGUAAAGGCCCUCAAUUAGUCCGGCAUUCGUCUCCCGGAUAUUCGUCCCCUGUGCACGUGCUAGCCCCUUCAAUCUGAGCAUGCCUAGAACUCCGCCCCUUCGACCUCUAAGCUGUCUCAAUCCUGACCCCUUUUUGCCCCAAUUUUCCAUCCGCAUGCGAACGACGACCCCGUAGAUUAUUCCACAUUUUUUUCUUAGUUGUUUAGUCCCUUACUUUUAAAACUUUUUCCUUGUACAUACAUUUUAUUUUUAUUUUAAAUAAAUUAUUUGUCUUUUCA